GUCACCUGGGGGACGAAGCGAAGGAGAGCGUCGUAAAGUGUGAUGUUUUGGAGCGGGGAGGUCAUUGGAAAGUGAGCUUGUUUGAACGGUUUUGGGGGGACAGACCGCCGCUGCUACCACAGAGUAGCUUUAGUUAUAUCCAGCUGGUUUUUCAGGCGUAUUCACUGUUAAUAAUGUUGCGUUUAGCUUUGCGGGUGAGGCCGUCUGCAAGGCUUACCCGGCCCAGUGUCCUCUCGGGCCCUGCUGCCAGUCCUCGGUCCGGACCGGUGUCAUGCCAGCAUCUCAAACGAUACCACUCCAACGGCCCGGCCCGGAUCCGGAGCUUGUGUCACGGUCGACGUUUGUACAACAGCAUCCUUACCAACAGAUCGGGCGUGUUGCACAGCCAAACGGCCGCUUUCAGUCAAAGCACGCGAGUGUACAGCUUGCCACCCCACCAGAAGGUGGAGCUUCCUGCUUUGUCCCCCACAAUGCAGUUGGGCACCAUUGCACGAUGGGAGAAGAAGGAAGGUGACAAAAUCAACGAGGGGGAUCUGAUAGCUGAGGUUGAAACAGACAAGGCUACAGUUGGAUUUGAACUGCUGGAGGAUUGCUACCUCGCCAAGAUCUUGGUUCCCGAGGGUACGAGAGAUGUGCCCAUUGGAGCCGUCAUCUGUAUUACCGUAGACAAACCUGACCUCAUCCCUGCGUUUAAGGAUCUUACAUUGGACAAACUCGCUGGCUCCGCCCCCGCAGCAGCAGCGGCUCCAGCACCCCCCCAAGUUCCUGGAAGUUCUUACCCAGCCCAUAUGAAGGUUCUUCUCCCAGCUCUCUCUCCCACUAUGACUAUGGGCACAGUGCAGCGCUGGGAGAAGAAGGUGGGUGAGAAGCUUGGUGAGGGAGACCUGCUGGCUGAAAUUGAGACGGAUAAGGCAACAAUUGGUUUUGAGGUUCAGGAAGAGGGCUACCUGGCCAAGAUCUUGAUUUCAGAGGGCACCAGAGAUGUUCCUCUUGGCACUCCUCUCUGCAUCAUUGUGGAAAAGGAAUCUGACAUCAGUGCAUUUGCUGACUAUGUAGAAACUGGUGUGGCUGCAAGUCCACCUCCCGCCCCCACACCGGUGGCUACCCCACCGCCAGCAGCAGCUCUCACCCCAGCACCUACUGCUGCACCAGCAGCUGUUUCUUCUUCUGCUAGGAAGGGCAGGGUGUUUGCCAGCCCUCUAGCCAAGAAACUCGCUGCUGAGAAGGGCAUUGACCUUGCCCAAGUCACAGGAACUGGACCUGAUGGAAGAGUCACCAGGAAAGAUAUUGACAGUUUCGUUCCAUCUAAACCCAGUCCUGCCCCAGCUGCCGCCCCUGCUGCACCCGCAUUUACCCCUGAAGCCACUCCAGCUGUUGCUGCCGCACCUACAGGAACCUUCACCGACAUCCCCAUCAGCAACAUCCGCAGGGUGAUCGCCCAGAGAUUGAUGCAGUCAAAACAAACUAUUCCCCAUUAUUACUUGUCUGUGGAUGUCAACAUGGACCAAGUGCUUGAACUCAGGAAAGAACUCAAUGUUGAGGUGAAAGCAGAUAACAUCAAACUCUCGGUCAAUGACUUUAUAAUCAAGGCCUCAGCUCUAGCGUGUUUAAAGGUGCCAGAGGCCAACUCUUCCUGGAUGGAUACGGUCAUCAGACAAAAUCAUGUGGUGGAUGUUAAUGUUGCAGUCAGUACGCCUGUGGGUCUGAUCACUCCCAUUGUGUUUAAUGCUCAUAUUAAAGGCCUGGCGUCUAUCAGUAAAGACGUAGCCGCAUUAGCUGCUAAAGCACGAGAGGGAAAACUGCAGCCACAUGAAUUCCAGGGUGGCACCUUCACUAUUUCCAAUCUGGGAAUGUAUGGAAUCAAGAAUUUCUCUGCUAUCAUUAACCCUCCUCAAGCAUGCAUUCUAGCUGUCGGUGGCUCAGAAAAGAGACUGCUUCCUGCAGACAACGAGAAAGGGUUUGAUGUUGCUAGUAUGAUGUCUGUGACCCUGAGCUGUGAUCACCGGGUGGUAGACGGCGCUGUAGGUGCACAAUGGCUGGCUGAGUUCCGCAAGUUCUUGGAGAAACCGUUCACCAUGCUCCUGUGAGCGGAGCCUUAACACGGCCCUGGCCUGAAAUCAGUGGACUUUUAGAGAUUUCUCUCUCUCAUCUCUCUCAUUGGUUAUACAGUAUGCUCUCCCUGGGAUAUAUAACAGGUUGUUCUCUCUCCUUUUUUUUUGUCCGACUCGUAUACAUUUUUCCAUAUGCUGUAUUUUUACAUACUUCCUAAAGCAUAACAUUUUCAAUCACCCAUUGUGCGUCAUUGUUUAGGUCACUUUGUGGAGUUUCAGGGGAUAUUGCCGUAAAGGGUUUUAAUUUUCUUUCAGGAUAUUGUUACAAGCACCGCAAGUCUGCGUAUGCCAUUUGAACAAGGAAUAAUGUCUGUAUCCACGGCCAAGUCUCAUGGCCUUACCUCUGAGCAUUGGUAAUUUUACCAUGUAUCUGUGUGUUAAUGACACAUUCAUUGAAACAGGAUGAGUACCUUUUGUAUAUACUGUAAGAAAAACCUAGAUGAUAUCUGAAGAUGCGUGUGCCAAAAAAUAGGACUACAAUUGGAAUUUGUCAUUCUUCAUGCAUAUGUUUAUUUUCUGUAUUAUUGCAAAGCAGAUCUGAAAGUUGCACUUCCAUAUGGUCACUCCCCGAGUCAUAUAUAUGGUAUAUGUGAUGGUUUCUCAUGGGUGCAGGGUUUUGACGUGGGCAAUUUUAUUUAUUACAUCUCUCACUCCAGGCAGACAAAGCACAGUAGUGCCUUUGCUCCUGUUUAUAUCAAAUACUUUUGUCUUUUUAAAUAGUGGCAAUAUAUCAUUCAUUCUUAAAGAGUAACGCACAUUUCACGGGGUGAACUACAUAAAUAAACCUUUAGAGAAAGAAAAGACCUCAAGAUGCUAUAAUAUACAUACAUGACUGAAUAGAUGUGUUUUUAUUUCAUAGAGAACAUUUGACUCCAGCUGUAUGACAUGCAGUCACUGUCUGUGUCCAGUCUAGUGGUGUGGACAACUCUAAAGGGAGAUUUUUUCCAUAAGGGACAAAAUGUGACCAAUAGUAUAUCACUAUUUAAUUUGACAGAUGAGAGGGAAUAAACAAAAUGAAAAAACUCAAAAAUAUGUUGCCUGAUAUAUUUGAUAAUCUUACCUAAGAAAAGAUGCAGCGAAUGUCACCUGAUAUUACUGGUCCAUCAUAUCUUCAGUAUGAGUAAC